UUAUUUACUUUCACGAUCGAAAGCACGUUGGGAAAGCAAAGUGAAUAUACUACAAACUUUUUCAUGGAAAUAUAGCAAACGUUUUUUAUAAUCGUAUUUUUUUGGGACAGUUUUAAACGAAAUAAAUAUAUAUUUAAAGACGUUUUAAGUGAAAUUUAAGUAUGACACCGGAAACACCUUCAAGCUCCGGAAGUGAUACUUCUCGACCUCCUGUAAAGUCUGCAGAGGAACGUUUGAUGGUUGCUGUCAGAAUAAGGCCCCUUAAGAACGACGAAUCUCAAAGAGUCCUAUAUGCCAGGGACAAAAAGACUGUUAUUGUAGAAGAUGGAGACAAAAACGACCCAUGCAGACAGAAAAAGCUUUACGACAAACAAUAUACUUAUGAUGUUGUGUUUGGCGAGAAUUCGUCGCAAGAGGAAGUGUAUGAUAUUACCACUAGUAAUUUAGUUAAGGAUGUUUUGAAUGGUUAUAACGGUACUGUUUUUGCAUAUGGGGCCACUGGUGCCGGAAAGACUCAUACAAUGGUAGGAGACUCAAAUCAUCCGGGGAUUAUGGUUAGAGCUUUAAAUGAUAUAUUCGAAGCGGUUAGAGAUAAAGAAGAAGAAUAUUCGGUAACAAUGUCAUACUUGGAAUUAUACAACGAAAACAUUAGGGAUUUAUUAAACCCAUCGUUGGGUUAUUUGGAAUUACGAGAAGAUUCCCGGGGAAGAAACAUUCAAGUUGCUGGAUUAAGUGAAAUAUCUACAACAUCAACAGAUGAAGUUAUGCAGUUAUUACAAAAAGGGAACAAAGCUAGAACGGUAGAACCAACAGCACUAAACCAAACGUCUUCAAGAAGUCAUGCUUUACUUAGCGUAACAGUGAGACAUACUGUACCUUUAAACAAGACAGACCAUUUAAGAAUGCGAAUAAAGCAAGGCCGACUUUUCAUGAUUGAUUUGGCAGGAUCAGAGAGAGCAAAUAAAACGAAAAAUAGAGGAAAGAGAUUGCAAGAGGGCGCUCAUAUAAACAGAUCACUUCUAGCAUUAGGAAACUGUAUCAACGCUUUAGCAGGAGGAGCUCGUUACGUGAACUACAGAGACUCAAAACUCACUCGAUUACUCAAAGACGCCUUAAGUGGCAAUUGCAAAACGGUCAUGAUUGCCCACGUCAGUCCAUCGAGCAAUCAAAAGGAUGAGUCGAGGAAUACCUUAAUAUAUGCUGACAGAGCAAAUAAUAUAUCUACUAAAGUGGAACGAAACGUUCUUGAUGUGUCCUAUCAAGUUACACAAUACCAAACGGUGGUGAAUGAACUAAGAGCCGAAAUUUCAAGAUUACAAAAUAAAAUGAAAGAAGAGAGACCUCGCUCGGCGGAUAUCAAACGUAUGAAUGCCGAAGAACGAAGUCAGGAAGUUAGAAAUUUAAGGGAACAAAUCGUCGACACAUUUAAAACGCAAAUGAAACUGAGGCGGAAAUUGAUGGAAAUAGAUGCUCACCUAUUAGGUCUAGGUAUGGAAGCAGAAAGACAACACCUAAUAAUAUCUCAUUGGGAGUCAAGAAACAAUAAAUUGUACAAAAAUAAUGUCAAUGCUAGUCGAGCUCAAACUCAACAAACUAUUAGGCAAGUAAAAAUAAAAUUAUAUGUUAUAGCCGAUGGAUUUAGAUCAGCAGGAAACGAAGAAGAUGCAAGUUUUGAUGUAGAUAGUGAUGAUCCAGAAGGAGAAUCCGCAGUACAACAAGCUUGGGGUGAAUUAGCAGAUAUUGAAAGAGAGCAAGAGCGAUGGACAGAAUUAAGAGGUCAUAUCGAGUUAAAAUUAGAAGCUUGCAGACAGCGUGGAGUAACAUUAGAAGAUAAAUUACCAUCUCUUUUAUCAUCAGAUGAUGAAAGAGAAAUUUUGGCUUUGAUAUGUAGAGUGCACGAAUUAGAGGCGGACAAGAUGGCGUUACAAUCAGAACGGUUAGUGAGGCAACACGAAUUAAAAAGAAGAGAUUUGUUAAUUUUAAGAUACGAUAGACAAAGACAGUUAUGUGAAGAAAUCAUUACAAGACAGAGACAACUAAUAGAAGAGCUUAAAGUUAAACUUCCAUCUGAUUUACAAGAACUUUAUCAAAUGUACCAACAAGAGAUCCAUGCUGCCACUUAUACAGAUUUUAAUCCUCCAUCAACGGCCAGUACGAACCAAGACAAACUUCCUCCAAUAAGUAAAAUAUAUAGCGACCCAUUAUUUCGUCGAUCGAUGACGUCAGAUGCUAGUAAUUCCCCUCCUUCGUCAUCUGAAAGUGGAGGGGAAGAUACUGGUCCUAAGGAGUCGAAUGUUGACAGGGUGAUGGGUCACAUAGUUACCAGGCCUGGAGCAGGGAUGAGACUACCCCCACUUCCUCCUAGUCCUCCACAUAGAUUAUCAAGGUCGAGAGAUUCAGGCCACACAAUGAGAAGAGCAAUAAGUGAAGAUAGAAUAGCAGAAACUGCCGGUCCAUGAUUAAAUGACACACGAUAAACACUUAAAGCAAUACUUACU